AUGCCUGGUGUCAAGAUAUUUCUUGAUCACCCUGUUGGGAAGAAUCCACCUCGUGACUGGAACGAGCUUCACUACGCUGCAUUCGUCAAGGAUUUUGACAAAGUUCGAGCUAUCGUAGAAUAUGCGCCGCACCUGGUCGAGGCUAAAGACCUAGCCGGUUGGACUCCAGUUCAUCUGGCAUGCUGUGGACCGAUGGGUUUUGCCCUUGACAUCUCAUGGGCUCUUCCACAUAAGGUGGACAGAGUCUAUGAACCAUCAAGGCGGCGAUAUCGUGAUGCCGCCUACUUACUAGACGAGGACAAUAUGCAGGUCGAAAGUCAAAAGAUACUAGCUCUGUUUAUUCGGACUGGCGCAGAUAUAUUCGGCGAAGAAGGAAGCUACACGCCAGCGCAUGUGGCUGCUAGUACCGAUAUGGUACAUUGUGCUUUUACCUUGGCUCUCUUUGGCGCCCAGAUCAAUCCCCACAAACCUGGAUCUCCGUUCAAGUGGGCAAAUCAUCAGCAGAAAUACCUCCUCAGUGAUCUCGUAGGUCCGAGGAAGCUGGUAUCGAACAUGUAUCAUGACCUACUAGGAUUAGAGGGUCAAACUUUGCUUGAGGAGUUUGAGAAAAUUGCCAGUGAUUGGGAAGACCCAAACAAGCAAAAUGUCUUAACAAAGCUCGCUUUUCAAAUAGAGUACACACUGGCCAUUAGUAUUGCAAAAUACCGAAGAACCAUCCAGGUAGGAUCGGAACGCAAGAUCGUCUGGCUCUGCUCACAGUGCUGCAAGCUAGGCGAAGAAAUUAUAAUGCGCAGCUUCUUCCCUUCAUCGACGAGGUCAAUUACCGUCCCACUCAACGCUGAUAUGAAAUGCGACCUUUGCAACAUAUUCCGAGUUCUGUUUCUAGAUUAUGUUCCCGGAUCAGUGGAAAACCUGUCUUAUAUCAUUACAGAUCACGUUGAGCCCGAGAAGCAAAGCCUGGCUGAUAAAUUUAAAAGUAUCUUAGCCACUACCGGAGUAGUCCACUUGUCUGUUUUCUACGAUGGAAAACUAGUCAAACUUGAUAGUUUCCUUUCCGAACGGGUCUGGGACGAAACCAAAGUGGUGCAAAAGCCUACUGAUCUCAACAGGGCCUCAAUCGACUUUGAUGUUCUCGAAGGCAUUUUUGAGGAUACGGACUCAACCCUAUCCCAAGUUGAUUCUGUCAGUCAUACGACAUUUGAAUCUGAGAAAAUAUAUCAUUGCAAAUCUUCUAUAACUCGGUUUCCUCAACUUUAUUAUGACUCCAGCAUCGGCAGUGGAUGGUUAUCGAGAUGCCGCGUAAGUCAUCCUAAUUGCAGCAAAAUGCUGACGAGCGCGGCGACAAUGGAUUCUGAGAUGGAUGAUGGAACUUUCACCCCCACACGUCUCAUUGAUGUCAGCCGUUGGGAAGAGAACUUGAUUCGAAUAUGCGAUUGCAAGAAAUCGAAGCCAUUAUUCACAGCUCUGAGCCAUCGGUGGUCAAGCGGACCGGUACCGUCGUGGGUCACCAAAACUGCGAAUCUGAGCUUGAGAUACAGUUGGUUCUCGUCAGUUGAACUACCGAAAUCAAUUACGGACGCCCUUCAAGCGACGGCUGAGUUGGGGUUACAAUACACCUGGAUCGACUCUUUGUGCAUCGUUCAGGAUGAUUCAGUGGACUGGAACAACGAAGCAGCACAGAUGGCAAGAAUCUACGCCUCUGCCGAAGUAGUUGUCUUUGCUGACUGCGCGAGAAACGACGAGGGUGGCUUUCUUGGGGAGAGAAAUCCGAGCACACCUUACCAUCCUGUUGCAUUAAGAUUGAUGGAGCGAGAAGACGACUACAAACGACUGCCGACUAUCGUUCGCUACGCUUACGAAGUGCCGCCUUGGGGAACGGACGAAAAGGACAUUAGCGACAGGUCUGAUUACCUGAACCAUAAACAUGCAGCUGUGUCGUUUCGCGAGGAUGUGAAUCAAUCACAUCUCAGCAACCGUGGCUGGAUUCUACAGGAACGUCUCAUGGCUCGACGAUCUUUACACUUUGGAGCUUCGCAGGUAUAUUGGGAAUGCCCUUCCAUGAUAGUUUCUGAAGCGGGUAACGAGAUUGAUGGGGAAAUACACCAGAAAUGGAUUGUCGAUACUCGUAAAGCUUUAGCUGGCUCCACGGAUUCCUGGGAAAUGGUCCGGCAGAAUUGGAUAGACAUUGUAUCCGUUUAUAGCCGAAUGAAGCUCACGAAGCCCUUCGAUCGACUUCCAGCAAUUGAGGGUAUUGCCAGAGCUUUUCGUUCUUUCAUGGACGACAAAUAUUUCUAUGGAACGUGGUUAAAGUCAUUCCCACAAGAUCUACUAUGGCAGGUCGAUAGUCAGAAGUCAGUAGAUCCUAACACGAAACAUCAAGCCAUUCCUUCGCUAAGUAGUUCAGACCGGAUCCCGAGUUGGUCUUGGGCUUCAGUUAAUACGCCCAUGAGCUUUGUACUAACAACACCACGCGUGGGUGAGGGGGGUUGCGUUCCUGACUGUUCUGCCAAAUGUUAUCAGCUUAGUCUACCACUUGAAUCGAUAUCAGCAAUCAACAGCCGACCGAUGAUUGGCGUUUUGGGCUUUCAUACGGAGAGGUUUCUCCAAUCCAAACAAAUUUCUGGGGCUUGUGUUACGAUCAAAGCACGUAUGCUGGAACUCCUGGUCAUCGGCCCAACAACGUCGAAACUAGGGUAUUUAGAGCCUGGGUCUAUCCCACUGUACGACGACGAGCUGGCUCCGGUCGGCAUUGCUCUUUUUGACGAACCCGAACUGCAGGGCAAGUGCGAUAGUCCAAAACGAGUUUUGUGCGUCCUUAUUUCCACGAGCACUGCCUACCAGCUCAGUGAAAGACAUGUGGUAGAUUUUAUGCUUAUCCUCGAAGAUUGUGGAGACAACUCAUUUGUGCGGAUCGGAGUCUCUCAUACCAAUAUUCGACAAACUUCUCGUUACGACACCGGAUCAAUUUUCAAAAAUUGCAAAUUGAAGACGAUAACUCUCUUUUGA